CUGCUGACACAGUUAGUCUCAGUUUGGACUCUGCAAGAGGAGCACGUCAGCCAACGCAUUACAAGUACGCCACACGACAACGCGCAAAGCUUGCCCAGCACAAGAGUCCUACCUGUGGUGUGAAACUGAAUGUAAGAGAAGAAUCGCUUUGCUUCAAUGUGUGUGACAGAGGAUUUGUUUCCCAUUGUCAAACACAUACCAGAUGACCAUCCUUGUGCCAACCCUGAUUCAGAGUAAGGCUAAGUUGCAGGUAAAGUGUUUGUGUGUGCUUAUGUUCCUGAGCUUCCCGCUGUCCAUGGCUGAGGUCCCUGGACCAUGCAGACACUCCAUUACUAGGGACCACCUGCUUACACUCAAACAUCUGAUGGAUAACCAAUUGAGAAGCGGGUGUUCGAUAACCUACACAUUCAUAGAGCAAAAAUCUUUGAGCAAGUGUUGCUUCGUGAAAGCUGCCUUACCCUGGAUAUUGGAGCUCCUCACCACCCACUUCAAAUAUACCAGGGGUUCAGUCAACUAUAGCUAUGUUCAGUCUUUGAGAGCACUCAUCCUCAACAUCUACUCGCAGAAAUGUGUUCCUCAGAUCAACGAGGAAGUUGAGGACAAGCCCGAGAGCUUUGAAGUGCUUUACAGAGGGCCCCCUGCAGAAGCACUGCAGAGAGCUUCGAGGGUGCUGUCUGUUUAUUUGGAGCUGGUAACGAUGAGUGAUGCGCCAGUGGACUGGAGUUGCCAGUAUGAAUACUCAAAGUUCUUUGGCUCGAGCACGGCGCAACCUCAAGCAUCCCCCACACAAGGCUGCACAGACAGUUAUGUUACGAGGUCAGUGAAGGCCUCUCAGAGAAGACCACUGAGAGACCUGUACAAGCUCGGCUUCAUCAUCACCUCCAUCUUCGGAGCACUACUGCUCAUAUUUACUCUCUUCUGUCUAAUCACACAAAAGAGGACCCACAUCCGUCACAGAUUGGGAUCUUAUAUGAUUUCUAGCAGAAACCAAAGAGGCACAGAGAUGGAGCUACAAUAAUUGUGGUGAGAAUGCGGGGGCAGAUCGAGCCAUCACAGAGAACUGCAUUUGAGCUACAAAGGCCGGGAUUUCAUUCCAGUCAUUGGCCAUGCUGACGAGUUUCAUUGACGAGGAACAAUGCCGAUGGACCUUGUGUAGAAGAAAUAUUCUGUGUAUAUUAUGUUUAUGCAUCCUAUUACAAAUACAUUUCCAGUCCACUAAAUGUAUUUCUCCACGACAUAUUGACUCUGUGUUUAUCGCCUAAUCAAUUGUUUGUAUCGUUGUUCAAAAAGUUAUUUAUUAGUUUGAUUCUAUACAAUUGCUGUAUCAUAAAUGCAAAUCCAGAAUGUAUAUUUUAAAUGACCACAUUAGUAGUAACCUCAUGAUACGCUUGAACCAUUUUACAGCGUCAUUCUCGUUUGACUUCACAUUUUACGAGGAGUCCAAAACACAACUACAGAAUAGUACUUCCUGUACAUGAUCCGGCCCAUCGCACUAUAAGAUAUUUUGUCCUCGCUGUUUAGCAUGCCGCAUUGUUUAUCCAUUUAUGGGCGCGGCGUGUUGAGCAAGGACAAACAAUUCCUGUUGUAUUGGAGAAAAACUAUGCAGUAUAAUAUAAUGUACGACACUUCGGGCUGUUUCUCAACGAACAAUCUGUCCCAUGACAUUGCUCUGUUAUCAUCAAAUUUCUUCCAAAAAGUCAAUGUUUGUACAAUUUUUUUUCCCUCAUUCCUUUUUUUCCAAUUAUAAAAAUAGCUCCAUGACUACUCAGGCCCAAAGUAAAUAUUUUAACAUCACUGAGUCCUAAAAUACAUUUUGAUGAUAAAAGAUUUAUCCUUCAAUUUAGAUUGAAUUU